AUGGCCAUAGUCAACUUGUUCCUGUCGCCGUGGGCACUUCUCGCAGCGCCAGUCCUCCUCGCCGCCUGGUAUCUUUACCCUUUCUUCGUCACAUACGCCCAACUUCGAAGCAUCCCCGCGCCGUUCCCCGCCCAAUUCUCAAACCUUUGGCUGCUCUCGGUAUGUCGGCGGGGUGAUCGCUACUUGACCGUCGACGAGGUGCACAAGAAAUUGGGCCCUGUUGUGCGCAUCCAGCCCAACCAUGUCAGUGUGGCCGACGAUGAGGCCAUCCAGGUCAUUUACGGCCAUGGCAACGGUUUCCUGAAGAGUGAGUUCUACGACGCCUUCGUGUCGAUACAGCGAGGCCUCUUCAACACGCGCGACAGGGCUGAGCACUCGCGAAAGCGCAAGAUUGUCAGCCACACCUUCUCGCUCAAGAGCAUCUCGCAGUUCGAACCAUACAUCCACACCAAUCUCGAGCUGUUUGUGAAGCGAUGGGAUGAGCUCGUCGCCAAGAAUGCCAACAACAACCAAAACACCAAGACGCCGACGGCACACGUCGACUGCCUCAAGUGGUUCAACUACCUCGCCUUCGACGUGAUCGGCGACCUGGCCUUCGGCGCGCCCUUCGGCAUGCUGGAGCGGGGCGAGGACCUGGCCGAGGUACGGGCGAGCCCGGACUCGGACCCCAUUUACGCGCCAGCCAUCGAGAUCCUCAACCGCCGCGGCGAGGUCAGUGCCACGCUCGGGUGCCUACCGCAGCUCAAGCCCUGGGCCCCCUACCUGCCGGACCCCUUCUUCAGCCAGGGCGCCUACGCCGUGAAGCAGCUGGCCGGCAUCGCCAUCGCGCGCGUCAAGGGCCGCCUCGACAGCCCGCCCGCCAUCGACCGGAAGGACCUGCUGGCGCGGCUGAUGGAGGGCCGCGACGACAAGGGCGAGCCGCUCGGCCGCGAGGAGCUCACCGCCGAGGCCCUGACGCAGCUCAUCGCCGGCUCCGACACGACGUCCAACUCGUCGUGCGCCCUGCUGUACCACGUCGCGCGCACCCCGGGCGUGCUGCAGAAGCUGCAGGCCGAGCUGGACGAGGCCAUCCCGGGCGCCGACACGGUGCCGACCUACGAGAUGGUCGCCCAGCUCCCGUACCUGCAGAACGUCGUCAACGAGGCCCUGCGCCACCACUCGACCAGCGGCAUCGGCCUGCCGCGCCUCAUCCCCGCCGACGCGCCUCGUGGCGUCACAAUCCGGGGACACUACUUCCCGCCGGGCACGGUGCUGUCCGUCCCCUCAUACACGAUGCACCACUCGCCCGAGAUCUGGGGGCCCGAUGCCUCCGAGUUCCGGCCCGAGCGAUGGGAUUCCGUCACGCCGCGGCAGAAGAAUGCGUUUAUCCCGUUCAGUCAUGGCCCCAGGGCCUGCGUUGGCAGGAACGUGGCCGAGAUGGAGAUGAAGCUCAUCGUGGCUACGUGGGCGAGGCGGUAUGAUGUCUUCCUGCGCCAGGAGAUCAUGGAGACGCGCGAAGGGUUCUUGAGGAAGCCUUUGGGACUGGAAAUUGGGGUCAGGAGGAGGGCUUAG